AUGUCCCAGCUUGAAAGGAUCACUGGCCCUCAGCUCUUAAAGCAAACAGCAGUGGAGAAGAUUCUGCAGCAACAGCUGGAAUCCUUUAAAACUCUUCGGCAACAGAUUCUGGAGAAUGUUAACAUGGUACAGUCUGCAAUCAGUGAGAUACUAAAUAAAAAUAUAAUUGAAAUGAAAACUCCACAGUGUAGCUCAGGCAAGAUACUGAUGAUUGGCACACCAAGUGAUGUAUGUCUGCCUGCAGAAGAAAAUCCUGAAUCAUCAUUUUCUAAUAAUGAAGUUCAUCAUGAUCAACAAGCUUGUACUGACGGGCAUGUGGAAGCAAACUGCAGUACUGGAAACAUGGUCAGUGAUAUAAAAAUAACACACAGUAUUUCACUGAAAACCAUAGCAACUGGAAAGGUAAAAAAUUCGGAAGAUAUAAUGGGAAACACAAUACUCGCACUAAAAAAUGAAUAUAAAUGCCAUUUGCUACGUGACACGGAAUUAGAGACAGAGAGCUUAAAUGCUGCCCAUGAAAAGGUAAUUUUGAAUGAAUCUAAACUUUCCAUACUUUCUCCCACAUAUGGCAAAGAAUUUUAUGUAGCAGACAACACUAACUGUCCUAACAAGUCAUCAAAACAAGAAUUUCAGAAGUCAGACGAUAAUGAUUCUGAUUUGUUAGAACAUGAUAUAGUAAAAUCUGGCAUUUUAUGCAGAGCAAAAUUAAAUAACAUUAAAUCAAAAGAAACUCCUGGAAUGGCAGACUCUUUAGACAGAUCACAUAUUGUUUCAGUUUCACAUAAAGAAAGUGACCUACAUCUUGAUCAAGAAUUUUAUAAGGACUCCAAAUGUGUCAACACAUGGAGUUCUUCUCUAACAGCAUGCAGGGAACAAACAGAUUCUGAGAGCAAAACUGUGCAGAAAGAAUUUCAAAGCAAUUACAGUGAGGGUGACAGUUUCCAAGUUAAUUUUUUUUCCAAAAUGGUGAAAGAUGAGUUAGUAAUGCUUGAUCAUAAAAAGCAUCUAGAAAAAGAACAAAAUCUGAGUAUUUUAAAUGAAACAUUACUAAGGUUUGAAAAUCAGAAGUUCACUAAAAUCAAAGUACCCUCUGAAUGUGAUGAGAAAACUGAAGAGUUGCAGAAGUCCCUGAAAAAUUCUGAGCAUUUGCAAAACAGAGUACAUGAUCUUGAGACUGAAAAUCUGAUUCUCAAGAACAAAGUGAAACCUCUUAAUAUUACAAUACAUUCUUUGAAAGAAAAAAUAUCAAAAUGCAAUAAGCAAAUUCAUGAUUUAGUUGAAGAAAAGAAAAGGAUGCAAAGCCAGUUAGUCAAAUCAGAAGAUGACAAUAAGGAAAGCGUUAAAGAAGUAAAGAAGCUGUUAAGCAGAUGUGAAGAACUCCAGAAUCAGAAAAAAAUCCUUGAGGAAGAGAGAAGUCAACUCUAUAAUGGAAACCAAUGUACAAUACAAGCACUACAUGAUUUUCAAAUUAAGAACCAGAAAGCAGAGGAAGAGAUGACUGUUGUUACCUGUGAAAAAGAAAGGCUCAAUGCAACAUUAGAGUCCUUGCAGAAGGAACGUUCUAUGUUACAAGAAGCAAAUAAAAAACUUCAGAUAGACACAUCCCAGCUUAUGAAAGAAAAGAAUUCCCUAGAGGAAGAGCUUGAAAGAAAUCAGAGCGAAAUACAGCAAAUGAAAGAAAAAGAAACUGCAACAAAAUCUGAACUGCAGACCCUUCUUCAGUUAACACAGGCACUAGAGGACAAAAAAAAUAACCUUGAAAUGACCCUGCAAGAAUGUUCUAAUACUAAAGAGAUGCUGCAGAAGGACUUUGAGAAGGUUCAGUUUGAAAAAGCUCGUACAGAGAAGAAGCUCAUGACUGAACUCCGAUAUGCAAAAGCAGAUAUUGAUCUUCUAAAAUCUGAUUUGACCAUUGCAGACAGAGAACGCGAGAGGUUAUCAACGGCAAUAACUAACAUCACUGAGGAAAACCAGUUACUUAAGAAAGAGCUGCAGGAGUACAGACAGGGAGCUUCCAAAUACGAGAGUGACAUUAGAAAGCUGACUGAAGAACGCCUGCUGCUGGAGAACCACCUGCGGAGCGUGGAAAAUGAGCGCGACGUCCUGCAGUUCGAGUUCCGCCACCUGCACAGCGAUUACACUUAUCUCCGCGGCCGAGCGGCUGCCCUGGCGCGUGGGCAGGGCAAACCUGGCCACACUUCUGGCAUCAUGCAAGAUAACUGCUGCUCUGAACCUUCCCCUGCCAUUCCUGAUCCAAAGCAUGCCACUCUGGAAUGCCGGUCACAAGAAUACUGA